GUGGCCCUGCUGGUCAUGCCGCCCGCGCUGCACCUGGAGCUCACGGGACACCGCUGGGACCUCGGGAGGGCCGCCUGCGACGCCUGGGUCUCGGUGGACGUGGCCUCGUGCACCGCCUCCAUCCUCAACCUGUGCAUGAUCUCCGUGGACCGGUACCUGGCCAUCACGAGGCCCCUGACCUACGGCGUCCGCCGCACCGCCAGGCGAGCCUGGGCCUGCAUCGGCGCCGUCUGGCUCCUGGCAGCGCUGAUCAGCGUGCCUCCGCUCCUGGUGCUGGGCAACGAGCACGGCUCUGCGGAGAGGCCCACCUGUCUCGUGUGCCAGCACCUGGCCUACCAGCUGUACGCCACGCUGGGGGCCUUCUACAUUCCGCUGCUCGUCAUGCUCGUCAUGUACUGGCAGAUCCACCGGGCCGCCAAGCGAGUCGUCGAGGCCGAGCAUCGUGCGCGCCCCGGUCCACGUACCAGGAGCCUGCGACUGGCGCUGCGCGAGCGCAAGGCCUCCAUCACGCUGGGCAUCAUCCUCACCGCCUUCACGGCUUGCUGGCUGCCCUUUUUCGCGCUGGCGCUCAUCGUGCCGCUGGGUGGCGUGCCUCUGCCGGAGACGGUGCACAGCUUCGCGCUCUGGCUGGGCUACGCGAAUUCGGCGCUCAACCCGGUGAUCUACGUCACCUUCCACCACGACUUCCGCAGGGCCUUCCGGGACCUGAUCUGUCUGCGAUGUGCGGGGAGGAACGCGACGGCGCGGCAGAAGCGGCAGCCGCAGGAGUAUCCGCUCGACUUCUACAUUCCGGGCUCUAACGACCGCUUGUGUAGGUGCGCGGGGGACGUGUUUGUGUGGAAGGUGCGCAAAUGA